CUUCUAAAGCCUCACGUCCGGCCCAAACGUAAAUUCUGGUAUCGAGACUACUCCAAACAUGCCUGAAUUGAUAAAUUUCCCCUCACCACGCUAAACAAGGGUUAUUCUCAUACCCACGUGGAAAAAUAUGGAAUCAAAUGAAAAUGGUGAAAAUGGAUUAGCAAGUACAAGAAGUCCUUCAACAGUGGAACUUAUGGCAGUAAAAAAUGAAAAGAAAUCUUACACAUCUCCGAUUGUCCGCAACAAUGAAGGAGCAGAAACUCACGUGGGAACCCCCGGAGUCGUCGUGGUCACGGCGGACGACAGCAUCUCCAAAUCCAGAGCUUAUUUUAUGGUGUUUGUGUUAUUGUUUAUUAAUCUACUCAACUAUAUGGACAGAUUUACCAUAGCAGGUGUGUUGGUGGACAUACAGCACUACUAUAGCAUUGGAAACUCAGAAGCAGGGCUUAUACAGACAGUGUUUAUUAUAAGCUAUAUGAUUUUCUCUCCAAUAUUUGGUUACCUAGGUGACCGCUAUAAUAGGAAGUUUAUCAUGGGAGGAGGAAUCACGCUGUGGUCACUUCUUACCCUGUCAGGGUCUUUCAUUGGAAAAGACUAUUUCUGGGCAUUUAUUCUCAUACGGGCUGCAGUGGGAAUAGGGGAGGCCAGCUAUUCUACCAUUGCACCCACCAUAAUCGCAGAUCUGUUUGCGAAAGAUCUUCGCACAAGAAUGCUGAUGAUAUUUUAUUUUGCCAUCCCUGUGGGAAGUGGUUUAGGUUAUGUAGUAGGUGCAAAUUUAGCCAAAGCCUUUGGUGCAUGGCAGUGGGCUUUAAGAUUUACUCCAGCCCUAGGAAUUAUCUGUGUACUUUUGAUAUUUAUUGUUUUGAGAGAGCCUCAAAGAGGCCAUGCAGAAGGGGGAACUCAUUUACAUAAUUCAUCAUAUCUACAAGAUCUCAAGGAAUUGGCUAGAACAAAGAGUUUUGUCUUGUCAACAUUUGGUUUCACCUGUGUAGCCUUUGUGACUGGGGCUCUGGCCCUCUGGGCUCCAUCCUACAUGUAUAAUGCCAUCAAGGCCCAGGGCCAGGAUGCAGAUGAAGGAGACAUUGCUUUCAUAUUUGGAGGCAUCACAGUGGCUGCUGGCUUCAUUGGAGUAGCCUUGGGUGCUGAGGCCUCAAGACGAUAUAAACGAAUCAAUCCCCGUGCUGAUCCCCUAGUCUGUGCUUUUGGUCUGCUGAUGUGCACACCUUUCCUAUUUUUUGGUCUUUGGUUAUCAGAACACCACAUUCCAGCUUCAUGGGCCCUUAUAUUCUUUGGAGAAACUUUCCUUUGUUUGAAUUGGUCCAUCAUAGCAGAUAUUUUACUGUAUGUCGUCAUCCCUACGCGACGCUCAACAGCCGAGGCCGUACAGAUUCUGGUGUCACAUGCCCUAGGGGACGCGGGAAGUCCGUACCUGAUUGGGGUGAUUUCUGAUGCCUUAGGACAUGGGUACCCAGUAGAUAGGAGGAAGUCUCCGUCGGUGCAGUCCGACACUCUCAGAAACGCUUUCUACGUGACACCGUUUAUCUGCGUGAUAGGAGGGGCCUUCUUUUUAGCCACAGCUCUCUUUAUACAGAAGGAUAGGGAGAAGGCUGAAAGAGUCACUAAAGUGGGAGGUGAUAUUACAAACAAUGUCUCCAUUAAUGGUGGAUUCGACAAUCCCAAUUUAAACCUGGGAGAGAAUGAUACCAUCACUGAAGCUAAUCCAGAUCGCAGCAAUGUUUUAUAAGUCUUAAUUCUGACAAAAAAUUUGUCCUGUUAAGGUAAUUUUGGUUUGGACUGCUGUGUACCUGGCUAAACAAAAAAUCAACCACCUAGUUAUGAUUCAGUUAUUCCUUGUCAAAAAAUAAUUCAGCAUCGAGGGCUCUGCAAGAUACUUGAGGUGUAAGUGGAAGAGUUCAAGUACCACAACAUCUUUCUGGAGCAUGAUCUUUCAAUUUUCCAUUAUUUGAAGCAACAUUGGAUAAAAUCACUGUCUCAGGUUGACCUUGUCUUUCCGGUUCUGUGGCUGAGUGCAACAAAAAUUUUAUAUGUAUGAAAUAUUUUUAUGUUUGUGAAUAUUCCUUUUAAAUAACAGUACAUCUUGAUAUUUUAGUGCCAUGGAUUUUGUAAAGGCAAUCAUUUUUAUUAUUUAGAAAAAAAUGCACUGCAUUAUAGAGGAUAACACACUUGCAUUGUAUUUAUUUAUUUGUGAAAUAUUAUUACUUGUACAAAUAUUGAAGAGAGUCUAAUGACUUAUGCCGGUAACUUUAUUUAUGUAUUUUGCGGUGUUUGUGAGGAAAAUUCACAUCAUUAUUUACUGUGACAUAUUCUUUGUGUGGAUUCUGCAUCACGUGUGAAAUAAACGAUGUUUUAGAUCAUAUAAGAAUAUUAAUCAUGUAUUUUUGAUAGUGAAAAAAAAAAGAUUUUGAUUAUUUUUGUUCUUGCUUAAAUGUAUCGAAUAAUUUUUGCACUAAUUUAACUUUGUAUAUUUAAAGUUUGCUUUGAUGAAUCAUAUAACAAAACUGCUUUUUCUUAUUGUAUCCUCUAUAUGCACUUUUUAUGACGAUAAUAUCUGUAUAAAGCUGGAGUCAUUUCUGAGUUCAGUACCAAUAUACUUUAAUACUAAUAUGACUCUAAAAUGAUUGGUACAUAUUUAGUACAGUACCAGAUGAUCUACUUUAAUACUAUGUGACUUGAAAUGGUUCAUGUAACAUAUCUAGAUGACAUUAUUAAGUACAAAAAGAAUAAUUUUCCUAAAGGAAAAUUAAUAUAUGUAUCUCCAGUAUUAGAUCAUGCAAAUGUAAAAGAAUCAUUCUUAUAAUAUCCACUAUGUUUUUUAUUUAUAGGUUUAAUUUGAGAGCCAAAAAAUGUUGGUUUUUCAUUACUAAAAGAAAUUAUGUACAUUUUAAUUUUGUGGAAGUAAUGUGUACUUACACAUAUUGUAACAAGACUCAGGCAGCUGAUCUGUCAAAUAAAGAUUUGUUGUCAAUGAA